AUGGCAUUGCUUACUUCGUCGCAGGCUUCUUUCCUCAUUCGAUCUUCAUCGAAACCUUUCUAUCCUCUCCCUACGGAUCGUCACCACGUCUCUCUUUCUCUUAGAUAUCUAUCUUCUCUUUCCGGCCCCCUUGGCCAAGGAAUUGCAAAUGUUGUUGGUUUGGCACUUGUGGAGAAACAUUUGGCUGCUAAAUUUAACAAACCAGACUGUGAAAUUGUCACCAUUACACGUAUUCUAUUCCUGGAGAUGGAUGUCAAAUGGAAGGAAUUGCCAAUGAAGCUUGCUCUCUUGCGCGCCACUGGGAUAGCAUUUACCGAGAAUGUGGAAACACGUUUUGAGGGUCUUGGUUGGCAUGUUAUAUGGGUGAAGAAUGGAAACACAUGGUUUGAUGAAAUCCGUGCUGCCAUUAAGGAAGCUAAGGCUGUUAAAGAAAAACCCACUUUGAUCAAGAUGUGCUUUUUUGCAAAACAAAUAUCUGUAACGAUGAAUUUAUACAAUUGGUUUUUUGAAGGAGCUGCUCUUGAAACAGAAUGGAAUGCUAUUGAGAAGAAGUACCCACAAGAAGCUGCAUAACUAAAAUCUAUACUACCUACUGGCUGGGAAAAAACAUUGCCGAUUUACACGCCUGAGAGUCCUGCAGAUGCAACAAGAAACCUCUCCCAGCAGUGUUUGAAUUCCCUUGCAAAGGUUCUUCCCGGGUUCCUCGGUGGGAGUGCUGACCUUGCUUCAUCCAACAUGACAUUGCUCAAAAUGCUUGGGGACUUCUAAAAGAACACACCUAAAGAGCGAAACCUUAGGUUUGGUGUCAGGAAAUACAUCAUGCGAGCUAUCUGCAAUGGCAUUACUUGUCAAAGCCCGGGGCUCAUUCCUUAUUGUGCUACGUUCUUUGUCUUGAAAGACUACAUGAGAGCUGCUAUUAGACUCUCUGCGCUGUCUCAAGCAGGAGUUAUCUAUGUAAUGACCCAUGCUUCAAUCGGUCUUGGAGAAAAUGGACCGACCCACCAGCCUAUAGAACAUGUGGCGAGCUUCCGUGCCAUGCCAAACAUCUUGAUGCUUAGGCCAGCAGAUGAAAUUGAAACCGCAGGGGCAUACAAAGUUGGUGUAGAGAACAGAAUGAAGCCUUCGAUCCUGGCGCUAUCCAAACAAAAGUUGCCUCAUUUACCUAGAACUUCAGUGGAGGGAGUGGAAGGGGGAUAUGUAAUCUCAGACAACUCCACAGGUAAUAGACCAGAUGUAAUCAUGAUGGGGACAUGGUCGGAGCUAGAGAUUGCUGCAAAGGCAGGAGAGAAGCUGAGAGAAGAAGGAAGAGUAGUGUCACUGGUGAGUUGGGAGCUGUUUGUUGAACAAAGCGAAGAAUACAAAGAAAGUGUGCUACCUUCAAAGGUAUCAGCAAGGGUGAGUAUUGAAGGAAGGUCGACAUUUGGGUGGGAGAAGAUGGUUGUGACAGGAAAAGACAUCGGCGUAGACAGUUUUGGAGCAAGUGCACCAACGGAUGUGUUAUACAAGAAAUUUGGACUCAGCGUUGAUGCAGUUGUUGCAGCCGCCAAAGUCCUUUGCUAAGUCUUUUGCACAAAAUCCAUCCAUAAAGACGUUAGACGUUAUUCUACUUAGUGUAGGUGUGCAUUUCCACUAGUCACUAAGUCUCAAUAAAUCGAUUGGGUUAUGCUUUCUCUUUAGAAUAAAUGAGAAUGGGAGAUUUGAACCGAAAAUAUGAAUGAAAGUUGAGGUUUGAGAA